CCGGAAACGGCCGCUCCCCACCUGAACCCCGACGCUCCUCCGCCCCGCACCCCACUCAACCCCGCGGCCCUCGCUCGCUCGACUCCCUCCUCCUUCACCUCCCGGGGCGCAUUAACACCUUCCUAAUCAGUUUCCCCUUCGCAUCCCCGCUCCAAUCCGCGCCGCGUUCCAAUCCAUUUCCGCCCCCUCCAAUCAUCCCCAAACCCUACCCGCCGCCGCGCCGCCGCGCCGCCCACCGCCCGCCGCGCGGGGGCAGGGAGGCAGGGAGGAGGAGAAGAUGGGCCGGUGGGGGAUGAAGCUCGGCGACAUGGCCGAGUUCCAGUGCUUCGUCUGCAAGGACGCCAGCGACGUCCGCGUCUGCGACGCCAGGAACUGCCUCAAGAGCUACCACCCGGGCUGCGUGGGGAAGGAGGACGACUUCAUUGAUUCCAGCGAGCAAUACGUCUGUGAUUGGCAUAAAUGUUCUAAUUGUGGAAGUGAUGCACUCUAUUUAUGCUUGUGCUGUCCAAGUUCCUCUGCUUGUGGAGACUGCUUUGGAAAAGUUGAUUUUGUCCCAGUGAAGCAGAGCAACGAACUCAACAUGGGAUUCUGCCGCAGCUGUUUUAAUAUGGCAAUAGCGACUGAGAAAGAUGAUGCUGAAGAGGCAAAGGUUGUUUUCGAAGGUACCCCGGAGCACUAUCAAAUAUUGUUUAAAGAUUACUGGACAAUACUUAAUGACAAGGAGUGUUUUACAUUGCUCGACUUGCAACUAGCAAGUAUUCGUCAUAAAAGAAGCCUACAGUGUAAAGAAGGGAAGGAUUCAGAUGAGUAUCACAAGACAGAUGGAAAGCCAUUGGGUGACAAUGAUGGUGCUGGGCCAUCAUCUCUUCUUGACACAAUGGACAAACCAAAUGAAGUGCAAGCAACUCUGAAGAGAAAGAAACUGGAGAAGAGAACAUAUGUUGGGUGGGGUUCAAAAGAGCUAACAGAAUUCCUAUCAUGUAUUGGUAAGGAUGCAAGCACGCCUCUUGACCAUUUCAAAGUUGCUGAAGUUGUCAGGGACUAUGUUCGACAGAACAAUCUUCUAGAUGGUAAGAAGAAGAAAUCUGUCACGUGUGAUGAGAACCUGCAUUCUUUAUUUAACAAAAGGAAAUUUAAGUACAACAUGAUCCAUAGCUUGGUGGAAACGCAUCUUUCCGCAAAUGCGAUUUCAGAGGAUGAAAGUGAUGGAUCUGUGGAUGAUAAUGGUUACACGGUGAAAAAGAAGCCUCGGAAUAGUUUGGAGCCAAAAAUUCCUAAGAGUGUUUCAGGAAUAGACCCAAUAAUUCCUAAGAGUGUUUCAGGAAUAAACAAGAAAUGUCUUGCCGCUCUCAAUCCGAAUAACCUGAAUCUGAUUUAUCUGAGAAGAACUUUAGUUGUAAAACUUCUGACUGAGCUAGACACAUUUGAACAGAAAGUUAUUGGCUGUUUGGUCAGAGUGAAGAAUGAUCUCAAGAGUUAUACUUAUAUGAUGACUAAGAAAUAUUACCAGAUUGGACUAGUUACAGGCAUUAAGAAAUCUUCAGAAGAAUACAAGAUUAAGGAUACAUGUACAGAUGUUCUUUUAUGUGUUUCCGGCAUGUGGGAUGAUGUCAAGAUCUCAAUGCUAUCAGAAGAGGACUUUGAGGAGGAUGAGUGCAAUGAUCUUCUUCUGUUGGCCAAGAAAGAGCUCUUCAAAAGACCUACUGUUGCUGAGUUAGAGGAAAAAGAGGCAACUGUACAUGCAGACAUUGUAAAUCAUUGGUUUGAUAAGGAGCUUCGAAAAUUGGAAAUGGAGUUGGAACGAGCGCGUGAGAAGGGGUGGCGCCAGGAUAUCCAUGACCUAAGUUGUAAAAAAGUGCUUCUAAGCACACCAGACGAAAGACAGCGCCGUCUUGAGGCGAUCCCAGAAGUUAUUCCAGAUGCUGAAGAGGAGAGUAAAGAAAUUGGGAUUGAAUCAGCAGCGAGCAUUCCUUUUCAAGGGAAUCGAGACGAAAGACAGCGACGUCUUGAGGCGAUCCCCGAAGUUAUUCCAGAUGCAGAAGAAAAGUAUGAAGAAACUGAGAUUGAUUCAGCAGCAAGGAACCCUUUUCAAGGGAAUCGAGACCGACCUGGCGCAGCGGUGAAGUACUCCCCACUUGUGCCAAGAGGUCCCGGGUUCGACGCAGCCCUUCUGCAUUGCACUGUGCAGGGUGUGACACAGACAGUAGCUGACCCUUUGGAAGUUGGUAUAGAUGAAUCGGUAGAAGGUGCAUCUCUGCGAGAUGACGCUGCUUGUGAAAUUGCUUUUGAAGCUGCCGGCAAAGCCCUCCCUAAUGGUAGCACUCCUGGUCCUGGAUUGCACACUCCAUUGAACACAGUUACUGGAGUCAUUGAUAUCGACAACGAGGAGGAUGGAAAUGGUCCUAGUCAUCACAAUGGUGGUGACGAACAAGACAUCAUCGAUCUGGUCAGUGAUGACGAUGAGGAUGUUCACAUGGAGCAGUGUGAGCCAGAACGGGCAAGAUGUGAUGGACCAGAAACCGUCAAUGGGAUCGCUGCGCAUGCACAUAAUGGACCGGAAGCCGUCAAUGGGGUCACCAUACCUACAGUCCGUGCUUCCGAUGAUCGGGAUGGAAAUACGGGGCCUGUAUGCAGUACGUCACAAGCCAUGGCGCGUGAUCCCGUAACCGUGAAUGGGACAAGCAAGUCAGAUCAAGGGUGGCUGUACAGGGAUCUUCAGGGGCGAGAGCAUGGGCCAUACCCAAUGGCUCAAAUGCGGGAGUGGCAGCAAAGUGGGUACUUCCCUGAGGGCUUCCGCGUGUGGAGAGCAGGGAAAUCAAGGCGGGGGAGAGGCUCCAUCUUGCUGAUAGAUGCCAUGCGGCUGCACUAGUGCAGUGGCCUCUUUGCGUUGCAUUCUGCUUGGAAAGCCUUGGGGAGUACAAUUUUGUUCGUUGCUUUGUUCAACUGUAAGUCUGUAACUGAGCCGGGCACCAUUAUAGUUGAUAUGUUAUUGUGGAUAUUUGGUUUGGGUAGGAGAUGGUCCAGAGUGGAAAACUCUCUUGCUGUACAGCCAACUCCUUGCUCCUCUCCAUUCCAGCAAGAUAGUCAUUUUUAGCAGAUUCUGAUGCAGUUAAUUCCCAUAGCAUUGAAAUUCAGAUUUGUUGUGUUGUCAGUGUAGAUUGGAUCCUGACAGCAAUAGUUUGGGCCUAUUUGAUUCAUGCCCGUACUUUGUUGAAUAAAAGCUGGUAAACUUUUGACUUUUCAUGGCAA